GGGAAAUCUAGUGUAUCGCCCCUGCUACCAGCAAGGCCAAGCUUCAUUCGGAGUCUCAAAAAUGCUGAAAGAUGUGGUCCAAGCAUGCAAAAGAUGAGCCCUAAGUCCAUAUCAUCUUCCAACAGUGAAGCUCCUGCCAAGAACAAGCUGUGUGAUAAAGCUGCCACUUUGAUAGAAGAACUCUCUUCCAUAUUUAGAGAAGCAGCAAAGACAAGAGUUAGAAGCCCAGAUGGAAAUUCUUCUUCCCCUGACAGUGGAUACCUGUCCCCUAAAAACAAACAAGCAGUCAUGUCAAAUUCCUUAAUGAACUCAAUCCCAGACAAAACAUCUCAAGAGGGCAUAGCUGAGAAUGAAUUACCCAAAGUCACUCACAAUGCAGAAUCUGUGCUCCACGAGAAGGACAUCUCUCAGGCCGAUGAAAAUGACUCCCUGAACCAACUCUCAAAGGAAAAUCACAAUCAACUGUCAGCCCCUCAAUUUACCCUGAAACUUAGGAGUCUGGAAGUUGCUGAAGGAAGCAAGGUGCUGCUAGAAUGCAGAGUUACGGGAAACCCAUCACCUCAUGUCAGGUGGUUCUGUGAAGGCAAAGAACUUAAAAAUUCUCCUGAUAUUCAGAUCUGUUGUGAAAACGGAGAACUCCAAAGAUUAAUUAUAUCAGAAGCCUUUGAGGACGACACGGGGCGCUAUUGUUGUCUUGCCUCAAACUCUGUUGGAUCUGACUCUACAUCUGCAGAAGUGUUUGUUGAAGGUGCCAGUUCGUCUGAUUCUGACACUGAAAUUUUCAAAUCGAACUCGGGAGCCAUGCCACAGGCCCAGAAGAAAAGUACUUCUGUUUCUUUAACAAUAGGAUCUUCUGCUCCAAAGGCUGGGAUCACUACAGCAGUAAUCCAACCUAUCUCGGUGCCUAAUCAGCAAGUCCAGAGUCCUACUUCAUAUCUCUACAGAUUAGAUGGAUCUAAACCCAGUCAUGCUGCGCCUAUUUUUACAAAGGAGCUGCAAAAUGCAACUGCAACUGAAGGACAAGUAGUUGUGUUUGAGUGCAGAGUGAGGGGACCACCCCCCUUGCAGGUCAGUUGGUUUCGGCAAGGCGUUGAAAUUCAGGAUUCCCCAGACUUCAGAGUUCUUCAAAAAAAGCCUCGAUCUGCAGCUGAACCUGAGGAGAUAUGUACUCUGGUAAUUGCGGAGACCUUUCCUGAAGAUGCAGGAACCUUCACAUGUACAGCAAGAAAUGAUUAUGGAUCUGUGACGAGCAGUGCAAAACUGACUGUGCUAUCAGCUGGUUCUGAAAGCUCCAUGCAUGACUUGUCAACGAGGGAACAAAACAAGGAUGACUUCUACCAGUUUCCACCCCCACCUCCAAGUCUUGAGAUUAGUGCUGUUGAGCUUCCUCCAAAGAAGCAUCCUGAGAGCCACCAGAUGAACAGUGCUGAACUGAGACCGAGUGUAGCAGCCCUUCAACUGCAGCUCAACUCUACUGACAAGAAAACCAAUGGCGUCCAUCCCAGCCAUGGAGUUAAUGGGGUGUUCAAUGGAAAUGCCAAAACUGAUCCAUCUGCUUCCCAUCCAAGUGGCCUCCUUUCACCCACAAAAAACACCACCACCCGUGCUUGCUAA